GGCGGCGAGCACCGGGGCCGCUCCCGCGGGGCGCCUCUGCCAGCGCCGCUCCCUCGGGCGGGGCGCGGCCGGGGGCACCGCCUCGCUCUGCCGGCGCCGCACCGGCACCGCCCGGGGCCCAGGCUCCGCGCUCGGGCUCCGUCUCUCCGCAGCGGCGCUGGGCGAGCGGCCGCGGCCGGCGGCGACGCCCGCCUCUGCCUCCUCCCCCUCGGUGCCCUGCCUCCUCCCUCCGCCGGGCGGGCGGGCGGCCGGCUGCUCGGGCAGGGCGGGCGGGAGGCAGAGCGCGGCUGAAAGGUGUUGCUGGAGGGGAAGUUUGGAGAAGGUCGUCGGGUGCCUGGGCGCUCCGGUAGCAUCAUGGCGGAGCAGGGCGAGUCGCCGGUCCACGUCCAGCAGCCCCAGCCGGCGCCCGCACUCGCCGCGCCGGCCGCCGGCUGGCCCAUCUGCAGGGACGCCUACGAGCUGCAGGAGGUGAUCGGUAGCGGUGCUACAGCAGUUGUCCAGGCAGCGCUCUGCAAACCCAGGCAAGAACGUGUAGCAAUAAAGAGGAUCAACUUAGAAAAAUGCCAAACCAGUAUGGAUGAAUUACUUAAAGAAAUUCAAGCAAUGAGUCAGUGCAAUCACCCUAAUGUGGUGACCUAUUACACAUCUUUUGUGGUGAAGGAUGAACUGUGGCUGGUUAUGAAGCUAUUAAGUGGGGGUUCAAUGCUUGAUAUAAUAAAGUAUAUUGUCAACAGAGGAGAGCACAAAAAUGGUGUGCUUGAAGAACCCAUAAUAGCAACAAUUCUUAAAGAAGUUUUGGAGGGCUUAGAUUAUCUACACAGGAAUGGGCAAAUUCACAGAGAUUUGAAGGCUGGCAACAUUCUAUUGGGUGAGGAUGGCUCUGUACAAAUAGCAGAUUUUGGUGUUAGCGCGUUUUUAGCAACUGGUGGUGAUGUUACGCGUAACAAAGUAAGGAAAACAUUUGUUGGUACUCCCUGUUGGAUGGCCCCUGAAGUAAUGGAGCAGGUGCGAGGUUAUGACUUCAAGGCCGAUAUGUGGAGUUUUGGGAUAACAGCCAUUGAGUUAGCAACAGGAGCAGCACCUUAUCACAAAUACCCUCCUAUGAAAGUCUUAAUGCUAACGCUUCAAAAUGACCCUCCCACUUUAGAGACUGGUGUAGAGGACAAGGAGAUGAUGAAAAAGUAUGGCAAAUCCUUUAGAAAACUAAUCUCAUUAUGCCUUCAAAAAGAUCCUUCCAAAAGGCCCACAGCAGCAGAACUUUUAAAAUGCAAAUUUUUCCAGAAAGCCAAGAAUAGAGAAUACCUGAUUGAAAAGCUUCUCACUAGAACACCUAAUAUAGCACAAAGAGCAAAAAAGGUCAGACGAGUGCCAGGUUCCAGUGGUCACCUCCAUAAAACAGAAGAUGGGGACUGGGAGUGGAGUGAUGAUGAAAUGGAUGAGAAGAGUGAGGAAGGCAAAGCUGCUAUUUCUCAGGAAAAGUCACGAAGACUGAAAGAGGAGGAGAAUGCAGAGUCUCAGCCUGCUGUUAGUGAGGAAUACAGUGAAGUUCCAUGUGCGGUGAAUCUUGUCUUAAGAUUAAGGAACUCCAGGAAAGAACUUAAUGACAUACGGUUUGAGUUUACUCCAGGCAGAGACACAGCAGAUGGCGUUUCUCAGGAGCUCUUCUCUGCAGGCCUGGUUGAUGGCCAUGAUGUAGUUAUAGUUGCUGCUAACUUACAGAAGAUAGUAGAUGAUCCAAAGGCGUUGAAAACAUUGACUUUUAAGUUGGCCUCUGGCUGUGAUGGCACUGAGAUUCCUGAUGAAGUGAAACUGAUUGGUUUUGCUCAGUUAAGUGUCAGCUGAUGUCUGUCCCUUGACCCCAAGCCGAAUUGUGAGAUUGCGAAAAAGCCAGCUUAGAUACAAGGGAAAAUUAAUGCACCACACACUGAGUUCUGCUUCAUUAUCUAGCAAUUCACAAAGUCAGAACAAGCAAAGCCCACAGCUACACCGCUGCUGUUAACGUUCAAAAUGCUCCUAAAUGUCUCUUAGCAGUUGAUUUGGAUUGCCCCAAAGUGAAAAGCCUGUGGAAAUGCUCUCAGGUGGCUGUAUUUAUUGGUUAAAAAAGGAACUUUCUAUCAAGCUUACUUCUUUCAUAGACUUUGAGUGAUACUAUUUUACCUGUACUUGUGGUUGAUAAUACUGCCUCUGUUCUGUUACAUUUAGAAAUUAACAUACAUAUAAAAGUUUAGAAAUAUUAGCCAAACUUGAAUUCUAGUUUAAAAAAUGACUGUGAAUUUUAUUUUUCAUAUAUUUAUGCAUUACACAUACUAGUAAUAAGAAAAUUAUUUGACUUGAUUAUGUGCUAUUUGCAGUUAAUCUCCCACUAUUUAAAAAAGUUUCAGGUAUAUCUUUGAAGUAUUUGGUAACUUCUAGGGGUUUUUUGAAAUAAUUUGAUCCGGCAUUAGCAAGCUUUUGUUGGCUGUGUGUCAAAAAACCAGUCCACAAACUGAUCCUCAAGGGAGUGGGAGGUGCCUUGCAGAUAUUAAUGUUUUAAGAAUGUGCCUGAGGCUGCUUAUAUAAAUAAUCUCCAUUUUCUAGAAGUACCAUAUAUAUGGUACAAUAAAUAUAAAUCUAUAUAGUUAUCUGAGCGAGGAGGUGAUAUACAGUAGCAAAGGUGUUAGAGUAUUUUGACUAUGCUUUAUUGGGGAGUCUAUGAGCUAGAGCUACUGUGAACCGUGGUUAAGGUAGAAUGCUUACUGUGUCCAUCUCUGAUCUGACUUACCCUAAAUGAUAGAAACCAGUUGUAUACAAGCGAAUAAAAACUUGAAGAAUGGAACUGAAGCUUUAUUUGAAGUUCUGCUAAAUACCAAGGUGGAAUAAUAGGGCUUUGUGCAAUGAUCAAGUAAAACUAUUACAAAGAAAACACUUUGACCUAAGUAGUCCUCUGCUUAACCUGUGACAUAGAUGUUAUGGAGCUAGGGAACCUUAGAAAGACUUCCACAUUUGGAGACAUGUUUCUCAGAGGUUACACUUUAAACUACUUCCUAGUUAAUCCUAGAUAAGUGGCAGCUCUUUAAUGUACUGAAAAUGGCAAAUAUAUAUUGUUAAGAGAAGUUAUUUAUAAUGCCUUGUCAUAAUCGUUGAGGUGUUCUAGAACUAUUUGCAUUCGACUCAAUGUAAUCCCAUCCCAUCCUACUGUUUACAUGAUGAUUACUCCAAGAUGACUGCAAAGAUUAAAAAAAAUAAAAUUAAAAUAAAGAUGUAUUGCACAAA